ACCAGGAAACCGAAAAUGAUGUCUUCAAAUCUUCCAUUUGAAGUCAAGAAUUUCUGCAACUAUACAAGACGAUUGCGCCAAAUACUUAGAGAAACCAAACGUUCAUUUGAGGAUAUAAACUGCCAUGGCAACUUUGAAGGAGAGACAGUUUCAUAUAACUCUAUAGAUACACCAAUCAGCAGCUUAUUACAAGUCCUUUCAGCAGAUUUGAGUUACGAGGAAGAAGAACAAAUUGUAUCAAUCAUCGACAAAAAGCCAAGUUUUCUCAUAUUUGGACAAAGCUGUUAUGCCAAGGCUGUAAUUGUCAACGAAAUCUUUAAUCAAACAAUAUUUCCGAUAUCAGACACUGUGAAUAAUCUGGAAACAAAAUGGCGGAAGGUUCAGUUUAAAUAUGGUGAUAAAGCAACGAAAAGUCUUGUUGCGGGAAGCUAUGUAUUUGUGGAUAAUCUAGCGUCUUUUAAUAAACCAUGGAGGACAAUACCAACGGAGGAUUUGAUAGUAAUCGAGGAUUCUCAGCAGGAUUCAGCGACAUUGAGUGCUACAUUGGAGGUCCAGAUAUGCCACCCUUUGUUAAAAGAGGGGGCUACUGUCUACAUGGGGCCAACAAAUAUGAGUGACAAUUUAGCAGAUUUGUGUGCAAAGAUAAGGGAUGAUUCUAUACCGAUUAUAAUAUAUGCAUUGGACCAGGAGCAACUCAGCCCACAGGAUCUAGAAGACCUUUCAGAUCUAAAAGAGGAAGAUGCAGUUGUAUUCUUCAUCAAAGUUCCGCCUCCUGGCAACCAUGAUACAACACAAAAUUGUGACUCGCAAACAGCAUUAACAACAUCUGACAUUCAACCUUCUACCUCACAAACUGGCUUAUACGGCAACGAGAGCCCGAACUCUUUUAGUACUUUGAACCUAUUUCAGCAGCUCUGUGACUUAGGAUAUAUCAGUAUGCUUCCAAAAGAGGAAGAAAAACGACGACCGAUAAGUUAUGACUACAGAACAGGGUUAAAAUUAGAUAGUGAACUAGUUGAAAAGUUUGAAAGUUGUCACUUGUUAGUUGAUUUCACAAGACAAUGUUUGAAAUCCAAUUUAGCCCAGGUGGCUGCGAGACUUAAUUACAUACAUGAACGAUGCCUAAAAAUGUUUAUCUAUACUGCAUUUGAUAUGGCAAGAGACAUGCUUAUAACGCCUCAAAGACUGAAAUUUGCCCGAGAUAAAGAGAGUGAACUGUACCAAUCAUUGAUGGAUAUAGCACUUAAGAAGCAAGAUGAAAUGAAAACAUUGAUAGCUGAUACCAUCACUGCUAUGAAGGAGACUCUCAUUGAGAAGGCUUGUCUCUAUGACUUUAUAGGUGUAAAAAUGACAGAAUCAUGUGAAGUGAAAACAUCACGUGAUUUGAAGAUUUGUACAGGGCAGAUACAAGAGUUGAUUCUUAACAGUCUGAAUUGCGCUAUUGCUGCCAAACUAGUGGAAUCUAUUGAUAUUUUGAGAGACAGCUACACAGGCACUCUAACCAGAUGUCUUGAAAGCCUAGAAAGAGACAACAGUGAGAAUUCAGAGCCAUCUGCAACCACUGAAGCCUUGAAGCAGAUUCUUAAUACAGCUUACCAGGUGGAGAUCACAUUUAGGACUAGCUCUUCUGUUGUAAGAGUCCUACUGGAGAAGAUGAAACAGAUUAUAAAAACUAUGCCAUGGAAGACCACAACUAGGAUAGACACUCAUUGGAAACAGAAGGUGGCAGAUGACAUGUUAAACAGUCUAAGUUCUGCCAGACUUGCUAAAAGUAUAUGCUCCCAGAUCAAAGAGAGGCUAAAAAACUCCCAUGAUGCAUUUUCAUCAUCGUUGAAGCAACUGGAAGCAAAGCAUUCUGGGAGAUUAGAAAAAACUGAAGAAUCACGACUCAAAGUGCGUAAGGUCCAUGCUCCUAAAGUGGCGAGACUUGCUCUGGAAAGUACCUCUCUCAGAGAUAUUAUACUCUAUGGAAUGCCAGACAUGGGAAGAGAGGUAGGAAGGGGUCAGUACGGAGUGGUCUAUUCCUGUGAGAGAUGGGCUGGAUAUUCACCAUGUGCAGUCAAAUCUGUAGUUCCUCCUGAUGACAAACAUUGGAAUGAUCUUGCACUGGAGUUCUACUACACAAAACAUGUACCAGACCAUGAGAGAAUUGUUGCAUUGAAAGGUUCUGUGAUUGACUACAGUUAUGGUGGGGGCACCUCACCUGCUGUGUUACUUAUAAUGGAGCGGAUGCAGAGAGAUCUCUACGGAGCUAUCAAAACAGGACUGGAUUGGUGUGGAAGGCUCCAAGUGGCCAUAGAUGUAAUAGAAGGAAUGAGGUUCCUACACAGCCAAGGUCUCGUGCACAGGGAUAUCAAACUAAAGAAUGUCCUGCUUGACAGGAGAAAUCGCGGGAAAUUGACAGAUUUGGGAUUCUGCAAGCCCGAGGCCAUGAUGAGCGGCAGUAUAGUAGGGACACCUAUACACAUGGCACCAGAACUAUUCAGUGGCAAAUAUGAUAACAGCGUUGAUGUCUAUGCAUUUGGGAUAUUAUUUUGGUAUGUCUGUGCUGGACAUUGUCGGUUGCCCUACGCUUUUGAACAAUGCACAAGUAAAGAUCAAUUAUGGACACACGUCAAGAAAGGUGUACGACCAGAACGUCUUCCACAGUUCGAUGAGGAAUGCUGGGAAUUGAUGAAUUCUUGCUGGGCAGGGGAUGCUGGGAAGCGACCUCUUUUAGGAAAUGUCCAACCUCAACUGUACACAAUUCUAGAACGCUAUAGGGGAGCACCACCCUCUCAGUUUGAGAAAAUUCGCAAUAAAAGUCGGUCACCCAGUAAACAAAGGUUAAAACCGACAGAAUUUUGACAUGUACAGGGAGUAGGCAACUAUUAUGAUGUGGAGGUGGAUUUGAGCGGAUCAGUCAGAUUUUAAAACAGAUAUAUCUGUAAUUUAUAUUAUGUAUGGGUUCUGUAGAUAUAGAUAUUAUUGAGAAAGUGAGAUACUUAAGGUGCCAAUUGACUCAGAACUUCUUUACCUCUGAGGGACUGGAUCAAAAUAUCAAUAUUUUAACAAAAUGAAUUUAAUUAAGUCUUCGAUAACCCUCCCCUGUUCAUUAAAUCUUAUAGCAGUGAUCUCCCCAGCAUUAAAGCAAGUAGGCGCAGCACCCACCUUUGAUUUAAAAAAAC